UCUUUCUACUCCUGCGUCACGCAUCUCUCGCUACUCGCUGCCGCUUUCCAUUUUUCUCUCUGUAAAUAACCAAAUAUAUAAUCAGUUACGCCAUUUCUCUCUCCAACCUCUCACCGAUAUGGUAUACUAUACUGUAUCAGGGAUACGUUGGCCUUGUGCGCCUUCUCUUUACAAAUCUCAAUCCACUGGCUUCCAUGGCGAUCGAAGGAUCUCCUCUCGCCUUUCCUUCCUCUUGAAGAAGGAGCCGUUUUCUCGUAAGAUCUUUGCUGGGAAGUCUUCUUAUGAAUCUGACUCCUCAAAUUUAACGGUCACUGCAUCUGAGAAAGUCCUUGUUCCAGAUGGUCAGAUUGAUGGCUCUUCUUCAACAGAACAAUUAGAAACCCCUGGCACAAUUUUAGAGGAACCCCAGGUGCCUAAUGAUGCAGAAAGCUUCGUGAUGGAUGAUGCUAAGAAUGUGGACGAUGAAGUGAAAAAAGAGUCUGUUCCAUUGCAUGAGAUUGUUAGCAUUGGAAAAAGUGAAUCUAAACCAAAGUCCAUUCCUCCACCUGGCAGUGGACAGAGAAUAUAUGAAAUAGAUCCAAGCUUGACAGGUUUCCGUCAUCACCUUGACUACCGUUAUUCAGAGUACAGAAGGCUGCGCGAAGAAAUUGACAAGUAUGAAGGUGGUUUGGAUGCGUUCUCUCGUGGCUAUGAAAAGUUUGGUUUCUCACGCAGUGAAACAGGAAUAACUUAUAGGGAAUGGGCGCCUGGAGCUACGUGGGCUGCACUGAUUGGAGAUUUCAACAACUGGAAUCCUAAUGCAGAUGUCAUGACUCGGAAUGAAUUUGGUGUCUGGGAGAUCUUUUUGCCAAAUAAUGCAGAUGGUUCACCACCAAUUCUUCAUGGUUCUCGAGUGAAGGUACGCAUGGAUACUCCAUCUGGCAUCAAAGAUUCUAUCCCUGCUUGGAUCAAGUUCUCAGUCCAGGCACCUGGUGAAAUUCCGUACAAUGGCAUAUACUAUGAUCCGCCAGAGGAGGAGAAGUAUGUGUUCAAACAUCCACAGCCAGAGAGACCAAAAUCACUUAGGAUUUACGAGUCACAUGUUGGAAUGAGUAGUACGGAGCCAAUAAUUAACACAUACGCCAACUUUAGAGAUGAUGUACUUCCUCGUAUCAAAAGCCUUGGCUACAAUGCUGUUCAGAUCAUGGCUAUUCAAGAGCAUUCCUAUUAUGGUAGUUUUGGGUACCACGUCACAAACUUCUUUGCACCUAGCAGCCGGUUUGGAACUCCUGAUGAUUUGAAGUCUUUAAUAGAUAAAGCUCAUGAAUUAGGCUUGCUUGUUCUCAUGGAUAUUGUUCAUAGCCAUGCAUCAAAUAAUACAUUGGAUGGGCUGAACAUGUUUGAUGGUACGGACAGUCACUACUUCCACUCUGGAUCACGGGGUCAUCAUUGGAUGUGGGACUCUCGCCUUUUCAACUAUGGAAGGUGGGAGGUACUAAGGUUUCUUCUUUCAAAUGCAAGGUGGUGGUUGGAUGAGUAUAAGUUUGAUGGUUUCAGAUUUGAUGGGGUGACUUCAAUGAUGUACACUCAUCAUGGAUUGCAGGUAGCUUUUACUGGCAACUACAAUGAGUACUUUGGAUAUGCAACUGAUGUAGAUGCCGUGGUUUAUUUGAUGCUCGUGAAUGAUAUGAUUCAUGGUCUCUUCCCUGAGGCUGUUACGAUUGGUGAAGAUGUUAGUGGAAUGCCAGCGUUUUGCAUUCCUGUUGAAGAUGGUGGUGUUGGAUUUGAUUACCGUCUCCACAUGGCCAUUGCUGAUAAAUGGAUUGAGAUUCUUCAGAAGAGAGACGAAGACUGGAAAAUGGGUGACAUUGUACAUACACUCACCAAUAGAAGGUGGUUGGAAAAGUGUGUCGCUUAUGCUGAAAGUCAUGACCAGGCUCUUGUUGGUGACAAAACUAUUGCAUUUUGGCUGAUGGACAAGGAUAUGUAUGACUUCAUGGCUUUUGACAGACCAUCUACUCCUCUUAUAGAUCGUGGAAUAGCGUUGCACAAAAUGAUCAGGCUUAUUACCAUGGGAUUAGGCGGAGAAGGAUAUUUGAAUUUUAUGGGAAAUGAAUUUGGGCACCCUGAGUGGAUUGAUUUUCCAAGAGGUGAUCAACAACUUUCCAAUGGUAAAGCAAUUCCUGGGAACAACUACAGUUAUGAUAAAUGCCGGCGUAGAUUUGAUCUAGGAGAUGCAGAUUAUCUAAGAUAUCAUGGAAUGCAAGAGUUUGAUAAGGCAAUGCAGCAUCUUGAAGAAGCCUAUGGUUUCAUGACUUCUGAGCACCAGUAUAUAUCACGGAAGGAUGAAGGAGAUCGGAUCAUUGUCUUUGAGAGGGGAAACCUUGUUUUUGUAUUCAACUUUCAUUGGAAUAACAGCUAUUCAGAUUACAGAGUUGGCUGCUUCAAGCCAGGAAAGUAUAAGAUUGUUUUGGAUUCAGAUGAUGCCUUGUUUGGAGGCUUCAGCAGGCUUAGUCAUAGUGCGGAGUACUUCAGCUUUGAAGGGAGGUAUGAUAACCGGCCUAGAUCUUUCAUGGUGUAUGCACCAUCUAGAACAGCAGUGGUCUAUGCUUUAGUAGAAGAUGAAAAGGAUGAAGUAGAACCUGUCGCCAGCUGAGAUAGAUCUUUAACAACAGGUUCUUCUGAAGCAGGAAUGGCAUUAUUUAUCUUCCUGUGCACCUGCAUUGAACGAAAUAUAUUGAGAGCCUAUAAUUGAUGCAAUGGCAUUGCCCUUCUCGGCAUUUUGCUGCGUAGGACACAGCAAAAUGAAGACCAAGGCAGAAGAUAGAGAGAUACACGCCAGAAUGCAUUAUCAUAUGGAGCGCAAACCUUCUAAAUCAUUUAGCAAGUUGCUUGCAUACUGUAAAUGUUGUCUAGUACCUGGUAAAACUAAGUUAUUAUGGUCACUGUGGAUGUCAACUACUAAAAUUUUGGGUGUAGCCCACGAGGAUGCAAGUGUUGCCCACGUAAAGUGGUGCAUCUUUACAAGUUGCGUUGGUCUUGACUAAAAUGGUUAUAAAUGAAUCUCAUGCACGUGGCCUUGUGUGAAA